AUGGAAAACACCUCCAUCAUUGUCAACUUUGAGUUAAGCUUAGACCCCUUUUUCAUCCCAAGAGAAGCGAAAUUCCCAAUAUUUUUGCUUGGCAUAUUUAUUUAUUUAUUUUCUGUUUUCUGCAAUCUUACACUGCUGCUUCUCAUUUUCAUGCAGCAGAGUCUCCACAAACCCAUGUACUUUAUUCUGUUCAGUCUUCCUCUGAAUGACCUCAUUGGAAUCACUGCUAUGCUUCCAAAGGUGCUGUCUGAUAUUGUAACAGAAACUAGCAGAGUCCAUUAUCCUUUGUGUGUGCUGCAGGCUUUCUUACUCCACAUGUAUGGUGGGGGAGUUUUGUUUAUUCUUGCAGCCAUGGCCUUUGAUCGUUAUGUUGCCAUCUGCUUACCACUGCAUUAUAAUGUCCUAAUGACUCCUAAAGUUGUGCUAACAAUCAUUUCAUUUGUUUGGAGUUUAGAUUUUGUCUUGAUAAUGUCAUUGUUCUCACUUCAAGUAAGGAUCCCUCGAUGCAGAUCAUACAUCAUGAAUGUGUUCUGUGAUAACCCGUCCCUUCUGAAACUUACCUGUGGUGAUACUACUAUGAACAAUAUUAUAGGUUUGUUCAAUACCGCUGUAAUGCAGAUAAUUAGUGUUUCUGUUCAGCUUUUUUCCUAUGUGAAGAUUCUGUUCACUUGCUUGGUUACUAGGCGGUCUGAGGCAAGGAGCAAGGCAAUACAGACUUGUGUAGCACAACUUGUAAUAUUCUUUGUGUUCGAGAUUGUAGGGACAUUCACAAUUCUCUCACAUAGGUUCAAAAACAUCUCAGCAGACUUGCAAAAGAUAAUGGGAAUGCUCAUUUUUCUUGUACCUCCUCUAUUAAAUCCAAUUGUAUAUGGACUGAAUACAAGUGAAGUACGGAAUAUCCUGUUGAGAGUUUUCCACAGAAAAGUUUCAGUCUAA